GCAAAACUCUUAAGUACGUGUGUUUGUCCCAUUUUCAGCUGAAUGUUGGAAACAAGUCUGCUGCAGGAGAAUGCUAUAUACGAACAGAAAUUUGCCUGCAAGGACUGGUGGAUGCCAUAAGAGAAGACGUCUCUAUGCUAACACUGCUGGCAGAAGUCUUGUGUCUCUUAGAUAUGAUUGUCAAUUCAUUUGCACAUACAAUAUCAACAAAGCCUAUCGAUCGAUAUACUAGGCCAAACUUUACAGAGAAUGGCCCGAUGGCAAUUGAAGCUGCGAGACACCCAAUCUUAGAAAGUAUACACAAUGAUUUCGUUGCUAAUAGCAUAUUUCUAUCUGAAGCAUCCAACAUGAUAAUCGUCAUGGGUCCAAAUAUGAGUGGAAAGAGUACCUGACUUUGAUCCCCUCUAAUCUCGGUGAAUACGAGAAGCUCCGAUCCUACGCCCUAAUUGGCCUCCCUUCUUCUUAUUCACACGCUUCGUGGAAUCUGAAGAAAUGAAAACCAAAUAUUCCAUCAUAAUUGUCGGCGACAACUUC